GAAGAAGAAAAAGAAGCGCCUUAGCGCGUUGGGUCGACAUUGUUACGUAGUACUUCAGUUUGUUUGGACCGCGUUUUUUUGUCCGCGUUAAAUUCAAGCUACGAAUCGCUUAGAAAACACCUAAUAUCCAUCAGUUUUAACCAGAGGACGCUUUGUCCUCAGCUGCCUCAUUUUUUUCACAGGAGGACGGUGGGAAUUACAAGAUCUCCUCUGUGCAGUAUUUUUGCAAUCAAACCACAAUGAUCACCAGAAGAAGAGGCCGCACUAUCAACAACACACACCUGCAGGAGGUUGAAGUGCUAGAUGCAGUGGAAACCGUGGAGAGCCUCUCGAGUCCAUCUGAUGGGUUCCCAGCUGACGACAUUGAUGCCACUGGAAUAGAGCUCGAUGACCUGUUUGGGAUCGAAGACUUCAAAUGGUCACUAGAAAGAGAUGGUUCGUCGCCGCUCUUCGAUAUGGAAUUGGCCGACCUUGAUCUGCGCGCCACCAAAGACCCCGACUCCGGACUGGAAGCAUCAACGGCCUCAUCACCGGAGAGAAUGACGUCUGGCUCGAAUUCAAAGAGCAAGCAAAGCCAGUCACGCCACGUGAUCAACAAAAACGCCAUUGCUGCCAGAAUGAAUCGUCUCAAGAAGAAAGAAUACGUCGACAACCUGGAGAAGAAAGUUGGCACCCUCUCUACAGAAAAUAAUGUGCUCAAACAAGAAAAUUCUCAGCUGACCAAGAGAGUGGAAGAGUUGGAAGAUGAGACCAGGUACCUGAGGGCUGUGCUGGCCAAUGAGAGCAUGUUAGCGCAGCUCUUAUCCAGGCUGAGCGGUGUGAAUGGGAUGAAAUUAUCUUCCUCGCUUUUCCAGGGCCCAGACUCAAACGACCAUGACUACGCGUUACCCAAGAAGCGGGUGAAAGUGGAGGAGAAAGAGACAUCUGGUGGCGUGUGUCUGCACGUGGACAAGAACCAUGUCUCGGUGGAGUUUUGCACCAAGUGUGCAAAGAGUGCAAGCACGUCUCUCAAAAUGUAGGGUCAAGUACUUCUCUCUGUUUUCAGAUAUUGAGAUUGAGCUUGAUAAUUGCUCAGUGUACUGAACUUCUUGAAGGUGGAUGAACAAUGUUGAAUCGUUUAUGAUUACCUAAGAGCAAUGUUGAAUUGUUUAUGAUUACCUAAGAGCUGCAGAAUGUGCAUGUGUAUUUUUGUGUGUUGUAGUACGCAUUACUGCUAAACCUUGUUGACAGUUUCUUCUAGGUAUUGGUUGAUCCUCCAUGUGGGAUGAGUGGCUUUCUGAACACCUUUACCUGCUUGACAUCAUGUGGAUUCUGCUGGUGGAAGGUGAAGAGGCUGGACAAGCUGAUGCCACCGUGGCCUGGUAUUUUGUUAAAGGUAGUAUCGGUAACAAAUGGUAUACCUGAUCAUACUCUACCAGUACUCCACAACAUCUGUAGCUGUACACCCUGUCACUGUAGCUCAUGCAGCAUCUCUGG